AUGACCUCCUUAGUGGUCUUUUUGCUUAUUUUUCAACUCGGAAUUGUUGUCGCACUUCCAAUUGAAAAUGGAAGAAGUCGAGGUGGAAAUGGAGGUGGAGGAGUCGGCAUUGGCAGUGGUGUUGGAGUUGGAGGUAUCGGAGUUAACUCUGGUCUGGGCAUAGGUGCUCCAGGAAUCGGUGGUCUCGGCGGUAACGGUGGUGGAAUCUUCGGUAUCUCUUCUGGUAUAGGUGUCGGAGUUCCAGGCGUUGGACCAAUUGGCGUUUCAAGUGGUCUGGGAAUUGGACGAUAG